AUGUCUGUAUGGCCAAUUCAACUGAUGCUUAAUGAAUUACCAUAUCGUGAACAAAGAGAAAAUAUAAUUCUUGUUGGACUCUGGUUUUCACCUUCAAAACCUGAUAUGAAUACAAUUUUAUCACCAUUCGUCCAAGAAUUGUGCAAGCUUCAUAGUGAAGGAAUAGACAUUCAGCUUCUAGGUCAGAAUAGUCCAACUAAUUUCAAAAUAUAUAUACUUAUUUCAUCUGUAGACUCUGUAGCCAGACCGAUGAUUCAAAGAACUAAACAAUUCAAUGGAAAAUUUGGUUGUUCAUACUGUCUCAAUGAAGGGGUUAUCCGAGAUGUAGGACGAGGAUCUUUUCGGGUGUAUUUAGGUGAUGUUGGACCAAAAAGAACACUAGAACAACAUUUUGCUGAUUGCAAUUCUAUCGAUCAAUUAGAAGUUAAAUAUAAAUGGAGUCAAAGGAACAUCAGUUGUAUUACAAUUAGAUACCUACCUUUCAUAUAA